AUGGAAAAUGAUAAUGAAUUCCCAAGAACCAGCACUAAUUGGCUAAAAGGUACCCGGAAGCUGAGAGGAUUUCUCCAGACGGCGUGUAAGCAAGCCACGGCAGCCAUAAGCAGUACCAACAACGGGAAACUGCUAAGGAAGGGAAACUAUGCACAGCAGAUUGGGUCUGGAUCUUCUAUCUACCUCAAAGCUACUCUGGAAUAUCUCUGCACUGAGGUCUUAGAGCUGGCAGGAAAUGCCAGUCACAUCCAGCUGGCAGUCAGAAAUGUUGAGGUACUGGCUAAGCUGUUUGAUGGGGUCACCUUGCCAAAUUUCCUUGCCCAGCUUAUACCAAAGAAAACAUUUAAAGGCUCCUCAUCACAAGAACCUAAAGCUGCUGAAUCUUAG